AUGAGGCGGGCGCAGCUGCCCAGCCUCCUGGCCUCGCUGCUCCUUCUGGUCUUGCAAGUGUCCCUCGGAGCCAGACCAGCGGUCGACCUCGAGGGCAGCGCGGAAAGCGACCUGACCCUGCGGCUGUGGUUCCCCGAGGAAAACCGCGCCGGAUCCCGCCAGCCACUGCAACCUGUUCCCGAGCCAGACGUGGCGAGCCUGUUGCUGCGAUCUCUGCACCGGCUCUCUCCGGAGGGAGAGCUGCGUCGACGCCUCGCCGAACUGAGCGACCGGCUCAAACGCCACGAGCCGCCGCUCUCCAUCGACCUCACCUUCCACCUCCUCCGCCACAUGAUGGAGAUCUCCCGGGCGCAGAGCCAGCAAGCCCAGGCAGAGUUGAACCGUCAACUCUUGGACUCGGUAGGCAAGUGAAGCCGACAGCGAGGGCGCGCAAGAGAUCCUCGCCUUUCUGAGCCAAAUCCAGCAACUGAAUCGCCCCGCGUCGCUCGCCCCAACUCCGGCGCCUUCGCAGAAGACAUUUGUUUAUGAAAUAAAACUUCUUGGGC